AUGAUGUCAAAGCUGUUCGGUCGGGAUGGGCAGCGGCGCGAGAAGCACGAGAUUACGCCCAGCGAGCUGAGGGCGCUGCGUGGAGUGGCCGCCACCAGCAACAUCACAUCCGUGGCCGUUCCAAAAUACCGAGUGCGCGGGAGUUUCGUCGAGUACGUCAUUGAGUGCACCAAACGCAACGCAACUUGGCAGGUGUUCCGGCGCUACCAGCAGUUCAAGACGCUUGACCAGAAGCUGAAGCAGCUGUGCCCGAUGAGCUCGCAGCAUCACUGCGAGUACGGCGUGCUCCCUGUGCUGGCCGGUAGCCACUGGACAGAGGUCACGAACCAAUCCGUUGACCUGGUGGAGAAACGGCGGCGCUACCUAGAGAUCUACCUCGAGCAGCUGCUGGUGCCGCGCAACUUGUUCUACGUCGCCAGGACAGUGUUGUAUGACUUCCUGCAUGACGGUGAGGUGCCGGUGCGGUACAAGGCCAAUAUCAUACAGCCUCUCAUCGGUUUUGCGAUGCCGCCCCAGCUGCAGCAAGAAAAAGAAGGGGAGAAUAAAGGUGAGAACGGCGUUACCACGCCCAUUGAAGAGCUGCCGCAGCCGGUUGUAGGUAGUAGUGGCAUCAACAACAACAACAAAGAUACGAACUCGAUGCACACAACGGCGAGCGGUGUAUCGGAAAAAGUGAAUUCAACAAGCCCGCGGUCUUCUUUAGCUGCAGCUGCUGCAAGCAUUACCGACGACGGGGACGAUGCACCGUCGAACGGAGACACAGAUGCUGAGGAUGUGCGUUUGCCGACACCUUCCCGUUUGUGCCUGCAGUGCAAUGCAGAGUUUUCGUCUGUGCUGUACCCACACAGAUGCUUUUCGUGUAAGCAGCAGUUUUGCCGUAACUGUCUGCGCCGCAUGGAACUAGAAGAUGGAGGCAAGGUCAAGGCAUGCAUGCAGUGCUACGAGAACUACGAGCGACAUCAACAAAAGAAGCGAAUGGAAAAAGGUCCUGGCUCGCCCACGUCAGUUGUACCGCCCAAGGAUACCGAGACGCCUGCUGCGUCAACUGUUUGUGAAUCUCCUCUCGCGCCGUUGUGCCUUGACGGAACGGGUCUCCUUCGGACAGAUGUUUCCCUGAAGGACUUUGAGCUCGUCACGACACUUGGUCGUGGUACGUUUGGGAAAGUGAUAAAGGUCAUCUUCCGCGAGGACGGCAAGGUGUAUGCAAUGAAGGUCCUGAACAAAUGCAUUAUACACAAGCGUCGCAUGAUUGAGUACAUCAAGGAGGAAAAGAAUAUUAUGGCAACUCUUCCACCUCACCCGUAUGUUGUGAAGUGCCACUUUGCCUUUCAAACCGACUAUCAUCUCUUCUUUGUGCUCGACUACCUCCCGGGUGGGGAACUGUAUUCACACGUGUACCCGAAGUGCACGCUCGGCCCCGAGGACGUUCGAUUGUACAUUGCGGAGAUCGUGCUGGCACUACAGCACCUGCACCGCUACGACAUCGUCCACCGGGAUGUAAAGCUGGAGAACAUCGUCUUGGGCGCGGACGGCCAUCUCAAAUUGACAGACUUUGGGCUCGCCAGGACAAACUUCUCUCGCCAUCGCCGCUGCAGCUUCGUUGGCAGUGCGGAGUACCUUGCCCCCGAGACGAUUCAAGGUGAGAGUCAAACAAAAGCAUUGGAUUGGUGGAGUGUUGGUGUGAUGUUGUAUGAAAUGUUAUUUGGUAAACCGCCGUUUCACGCCGCCAAUAACAAGGAGGUCUAUGACAAUAUAUUAUACCGUCCGCUGGACUUCACCGCCCCCUGCUUCACACCCGAGGCGACAUCGCUGAUUCAGCAGCUACUGCAGCGACCGACGAGCCUUAGGCUUAGCGACCCGGAGAGCAUUAAGGCACACCCGUACUUUGCACCGAUCGACUGGGAGGCUCUGGAGAAAAAGUCCAUCCCCGCCCCCUUCCGGCCAAGACUCGACGGCAACGAUACGAGGUAUUUCAAGCGGGAGUACACAGCGGAAUGGGCGGUGAUUCCGAAGCCAGUGGGCGUGAGCCGCGCCACAUUGGAUGUGUUGACGAGUCGCUUUAGUAACUUUGUCCACGUAAGCGACGAGGAGGCUGAUGUACCACUGUUGGAGAAUAAAAACCAGCAGCUGCUGUUUAAGGAGGAUGGCGAAGGCGUGGCACGGAGUCUCCUUGGUGUGUGGCGUGUGAUGAAGGUGGAGAUGAUGACGGCCGACGGCAAGGUGGCGUACCCGUGGGGCAGCGAAGUGCGCGGUCUGCUCGCGUACUUCCCCGACGGGCUGUUCACGCUUCAGCUUGCACCAAUAAAUCGGCGCAAUGUGCGCCCAGAUUUUGUGGAGCGGGCAACGAAGGAGGAGCUUGUCGAGGCGUACAGCUCCUACACGGCGAGCUUUGGCAGGUGGUACCAGGCCAAGGCGGGGGGCAACGUUGUUGUUCAUUGCCCCAGUGGUAGCUUGUGCCCGAACCUUACACGGGGGUCCCAGAAAUACUACUUCGAGGUGGGCGGGGGUAGGCAUGUGGGUGACGCCGCGGUGCUGAAACUCUACACAGCAACCCAGAUCCUUCGGGAUGAGAGGCUAUUAGCGAGAACGGUAUUAACUUGGGAACGAAUUAGUUCCUGUUAG